CUGAGCCACCCAGGCGCCCAGCAUACAGGCAUUUUAAAAGAAAUCUGAAACGUGCAAUGGAGCCUCACUUUUCCAAGCAUAGUUCACAGCAAAUCUUUUAAUUAAGCAUGGAAUAUGGAAAACAGCAGAAAAACUUCUGCUAGUGCUUUAAUCUCAUCUGAAAUUCUAUGGGCAUGUGUCUUAUAAGCAGUAUAAUGGCAGAAUUUUAAGCCAAUUUGAGAAUCUCUUGUCUUUUAGUAGAAAUUUCAAGCAUUAUUUUUGCUGCAUACUACUGAAUGUCCAGUUGGUGAAAUUGAAGGUCUUUCACUCAGAAGAAAUAAAUCAAGAAGCAGAACCUGAGGCUCGCGUGCUUCGGAGCUGCUGUGGAUGGCCCUGGCUCUCUUGACCACCCUUCUGAGCAGAAUGUCACUGAGAUCCCUCAAAUGGAGCCUCCUGCUGCUGUCCCUGCUGAGUUUCCUUGUGAUGUGGUACCUCAGCCUGCCCCACUACAAUGUGAUAGAACGUGUAAACUGGAUGUACUUCUAUGAGUAUGAGCCAAUUUACAGACAAGACUUCCGCUUCACACUUCGAGAGCAUUCAAACUGCUCUCAUCAAAACCCAUUUCUUGUCAUCCUGGUGACCUCACACCCUUCAGACGUGAAAGCCAGACAGGCCGUUAGAGUUACUUGGGGUGAAAAAAAGUCUUGGUGGGGAUAUGAGGUUCUUACAUUUUUCUUACUAGGCCAACAGGUCGAAAAGGAAGACAAAAUGUUAGCAUUGUCCUUAGAGGAUGAACACCUUCUUUACGGUGACAUAAUACGACAGGAUUUUUUAGACACGUAUAAUAAUCUGACCUUGAAAACAAUUAUGGCAUUCAGGUGGGUAACUGAGUUUUGCCCCAAUGCCAAGUACAUCAUGAAGACAGACACUGAUGUUUUCAUCAAUACUGGCAACUUAGUGAAGUACCUUUUAAAUGUAAACCACUCAGAAAAGUUUUUCACAGGUUAUCCUCUAAUCGAUAACUAUUCCUAUAGAGGAUUUUACCAGAAAGCCCAUAUUUCAUACCAAGAGUAUCCCUUCAAGGUGUUUCCUCCCUACUGCAGUGGGUUGGGUUAUAUAAUGUCCAGAGAUUUGGUGCCAAGAAUCUAUGAAAUGAUGAGUCACGUAAAACCCAUCAAGUUUGAAGAUGUUUAUGUUGGGAUCUGUUUGAAUUUAUUAAAAGUGGACAUCCAUAUUCCAGAAGACACAAACCUUUUCUUUUUAUAUAGGAUCCAUUUGGAUGUCUGUCAACUCAGACGUGUGAUUGCAGCACAUGGCUUUUCUUCCAAGGAAAUUAUCACAUUUUGGCAGGUUAUGCUGAGGAAUACCACAUGCCAUUAUUAAUUUGACAAAAGCCUAGAGAAAGACAGGAUAUUCUGUGGAUAAUAUUAAAAUUACUUUAAAAUCGCCAAUGGAAAACUCAUGGGAAGGUCACUGUGUUGACUUACACUGAACUGAGACUCAUGAAGUGCCCAUGGACUGGGGACUGGAAGGUUACGCUUGUGAGUUAUUUAGACAAAAAUCAAGUCAGGCCCCUUAAAGGUGAUAGUAAGAGGAAUUAAACAUCUUAUAAAGGAAAUGGGAGAUUUUUGUUAAUAAAGCUAAUAGGACAAAAUUAUUUGAACAUGCCAUUCUAAAAACUAGAAUGUGUUAAAAGGAUUUCAUUGGAUUACAAGCUCAUCAGUCCAUAACAACAAAGCAAUGUGGAGUUCUAGUCAUUGAACAGAAUAGUCAGGUAAAGGUUUUGUGUAUAUCUUACAUGGGUUACCAGUUUUUAAAAAUACAUAGUUCUGUGUAAAAAAAACUAAAGUUAUACUGAGCAAAAUUUCAUCCGUUUUGGUCAUUCAGAAGGUACUUCAAAAUGUUACAGCAUUUCACAGUUACGAAUUACUGUCUAAUAUUACGUAGGACUUUCUGAUGUUUGAGUGUUAUGGUUGUUUCAGUACUGUAUAAAGAGAAUAGUGAAUCACCCUUUACAUUUGAACUUUUCUCCGGCUACUUCACUGACGAGUUUAUUGUUUGAUAGCUCCAUUAGUGUAAAGUUAUUGGUCAUUACUGCAUAUCAGUAAUCUCCUGGACUUUGAUAAAUAUCUUACGUGGUAAUACGGAGAAGAAUUAAAACAAGAAGAUCUGAAUUAUUGUCUUGUUUUUAAAAAUACAAUUCCCAGUGUUUUUACAUCACUACAUCUGUCUCAUUUUUCCACUUGAAAAUUGGGAAUAAUAUAUAGAAUGCCAGGCAGCAUGUUUGCUUUUUUUGGAAAGGACUCUGAAGACAAAAAAAAAGAGAGAACCCGAUGGCCAGGAUAUUAUGACUGUUAUUAUGAAUCUGUUCCAUGUGUGUUCUCAUUAACUGUCAAUUUGAGAAUAAAGAGGGAA